ACCACCCAGUCGGAAAACCCAAAAUUCUGAAAAGAUCAAAAUCAAGAGAGAGAGAGAAAGAAAAAUAAACCAGUCUGAACACAGAGAGAAAAAAUAAAAACAGUGACAGAAGAGAGAUAAAGAGAUGAAAUUCUCUCUCUAAAAUUAAUACGUACAUCUUCAUAAAACUCAUAACUGAUAGACACAUAAACACACAAACAUAAAACACUUUCUCUCUCUUCUCCAUUAACAACUUCAAUGGAGAGGGAGGGGACCCACUCAGAUCCAGCUCUUGAUUGGGAAACUCAACGUCCUGAAACUGCCCUUGAAGGGUAGAAUCGAUGUGGCAGCUUGGAUUAGAGGAGCCAUCUUCUUACCCAGAACGGGCCGGUGAGCCCGAUUGCAUUUAUUAUUUAAGAACUGGCUUUUGUGGUUAUGCCGAUCGUUGUCGUUUUAAUCAUCCUCGUGAUCGUUCUACUUCCGCUGUGGUAAGGAGUGGAAGGGUCAGUGGAGAUUAUCCUGAGCGAGCUGGACAGCCAAUCUGUCAGUAUUAUAUGAGGACUGGGAGUUGCAAAUUUGGGUCUUCCUGUAAGUACCACCAUCCAAGACAAGGAUCUAGUUCUGGGAGUCCGUUUGCGCUCAACAUUUAUGGAUACCCUCUACGUCCGGGAGAGAAAGAGUGUACCUACUACAUUAAAACAGGGCAGUGCAAGUUUGGGAUGACCUGCAAAUUUCAUCAUCCACCUCCUACUAAUGUGCCGGGACCUGCCGCAACACCUGCAGGAGUUCCUCCCACUCCUCUGGCUCCUCCUACGGUUUACUCUGCUCCUGCUCCUGCUCCACAGCCUUAUGGAAUGGUGACAGGUAAUUGGCCUGUUGCAAGGCCCUCUAUGAUGCCAGGUUCGUACAUCCAAGGGCCUUAUGGACCAAUGCUGUUCUCUCCUGGUGUAGUUCCCCUUUCUGGUUGGGCGCCUUACCCAGGAUCUACUCCUAUGACCGGCCCCAAUGCACAGUCGGUGGGAGCUGGCCAGUUUUAUGGGCUAAUGCCUCUGUCACCUUCGGCACCUGUUUAUACUGGACAUUAUCAAGCUAUACAAAAUUCUGCUGGUGCAACAAGUAGUGUCUCAAAGGAGCGUUUAUAUCCUCAGAGACCAGGGCAACCUGAGUGCCAGCAUUACAUCAAAACAGGGGACUGCAAAUUUGGUUCAUCAUGUAAAUAUCAUCAUCCUUCCGAAUGGGUUGUUCCAGAAACUAGUUCUGCUCUUAGCCCCAUGGGUCUUCCUCUUCGUCCAGGUACCUCAACUUGUAGUUACUAUGCACAUCAUGGAGUAUGCAAGUUUGGUCUUACAUGCAAGUUUGAUCAUCCAAUGGGAACUCUGAGUUACAGCCCCUCAACAUCUUCUCUUUCUGAUAUGCCAGUUGCUCCGUAUCCUGUGGGAUCUUCCAUUGGAACUCUUGCUCCAUCUUCCUCGUCCUCAGAUUUACGGACUGAAGUAAUCUCAGGGUCUAACAAAGACCUUGCUUCCACCUUUUCAACCUCUGCGAGUAUAUCAAACGGUUCAGGUGGCUCCGUAUUAUCAAAAAGUGGUUCCAUUUCUCACUCUGGUCUCCAACAGUCUAGUCAGAGUUCUGCUACUUCUAGUAGCGCCGAAAGGGGUGUUGCUGAUGAAGGUGCUCCAAGCUAAGCACCAGCAGGAAAUAUAUAUUUUCCUCAUUUUUGCUUUUGUAGAUGAAAAUUUCAGGAAUCGUCAACAGAAACUUCUAUUCUUUUGAACAAACCCGAGGCUGGAAAUCUUGCUCCUUGCCCCUUAGCCACGAUUCACACAUUCUGCACACACAACUGUUAACGUCUAUGUUCAUAGAAUCGCGAUGGCCAUCUUUUUCUUUUCUUUCCUUCUUGAAUAAGCCAUCCUGUACCUCCCAUAUCCUCAUAAAAUAAUUAGGGAAAAAAAAGAAGAAAAUAGAAGACAAAAUCCCACUUUUUCUCUCAUUCCACUUCUCUUCCACAAAAGUAUCAAACAGAUCAGUCCUUCCUUUUGCCUUAAUACUGCACGGAACAUGCUUCCCAGCCCAACUUUGGAAUGGGGAGUACCUGUUGUUCCCUCCUUUUUCUUCAACCCCCUUUAGUAAGAAUGUUGCAAAAGAGUCAUUUCAGGACCUGAAAGAAGGCACUGGCUUGCUGCCUUCAUAUGAGAUACAUAGAAAAAUCUGCUGUGACAGUUUAAAAUGUUUAUUGAUAAUUUAUUAUGUGAUACAUAUAUAUAUGUGAAGAAAACUUCAUUUUCAUUUAUAACUGAAAUUCGGAUUUAUAUUCUUCAA